CUGUGCGGUUGCCAGAGAAUUUUGUGCGGAAUUUUAAAGAGCUCCUCUUCUUUUACCGGGCCAGCUCCCUUUUCCUCACCCCCUUCCCUUGUUCUUCCACCUCGUGAAAGGUUUCGCCGGGGAUAGACCGACGGAGAGUGCUUUCCCCAAGAACUGGUAUGCAGGGCGCCGGCGCCGAGGGAGGGAACAGGGGUUCACCGUCCACGAUGGAGAAGGCCGAUGAGAGCGCCAACAAGGCGAGGCUGGAGCUACCCAACGGCCAUGUGAAGCAGGAGGUGGGCGUGCAUCAUGCGGUCGGAGGAGACGACGGGGGAGCAAUCGUUCCUGCGGAGGCGGGGCACGGCUCCAGAGUGGAGCUCGCCGUGAAGAUCGACAUGAGCGUGCUUCACUGCCCGCUCUGCACCCUCCCCUUCAAGCCUCCCGUCUUCCAGUGCAACAAAGGCGGGCACCUGGCCUGCGGCGGCUGCGUGGCCCUGCUGCCCGGCGGACAGUGCCGGGCGUGCGAGGACGGCGGCGGGUUCUUCUCCCCCUGCCCCGCGCUGGACGCCAUCGUGUCCUCGACCAAGAUCGUGUGCCCCAACGCCGGGUGCCAGACGUACGUGCCCUACCACGAGGCCGCCGACCACCGGAGCGCCUGCCCCCACGCACCCUGCCACUGCACGGAGCCCGGCUGCGGCUUCGUCGGCGCGCCGCAGGCGCUCGCCGGCCACCUCGUCGACCUCCACUCGGUGCCGGUGCGCACCGUCCAGUACGGCCGGGUCAGCCAGGUCCCGGUGUCGGGGCCGCGGCAGCUGCUCGUCGCCGAGGAGGACGGCCGCUCGUUCCUCCUGACCGUGGGCGCGCUCGGGGCCGCCGCGGCCGCCGUGUCGGUGGUGUGCGUCAGGGCGAGCGCGUCCACGCAGCCGCGCUUCUCGUGCAAGAUGUGGGUGAACCUGGUGCAGCCGGCGAGCGGCGGCAGGGCGGACAUGGUCCUGGUGGACAUCCAGAUGAGGAGCAGCGCCACGCCCGGCGCGGUGGUCGCCGUGGACGAACCGACGUUCCUGGCGGUGCCGCGGAUGUACAUGGUUCCGGUGGACGGGGACGCGGCGUCCAUGGAGGUUCCCCUCAACAUCCGCGUCGACAAGAUCUCCCGCUGAUCGAUCGAUGUAUCCCUUCUACUACCGGCAGUUCCUGCUCCAUGGCCUUGAGAUCUAGUUGACAAACUGUUUGGGUGCUGUUAAUUAUGGAUUUAUCAGUGCAAUGUCAUCCGGGUAAGCUGCAGUGAAAUUAAAUGUGAGACUAGAGUAGCUUGCAUGUUGGCUGCUCCUGCA